UUCAUAAAUUUUCCACACCGUCAAAUUGUUGUGAUUUCAGCAAAUUUAUUAGUGAACCGUAGUUAAGUGAAUUGUACUUACUCGAGAAAUGAUUGCAUGAACGUAAAUGGAAAAGAAAACAAAAACUUAGUAUGAGUUUUAAAACAGAAAACUCGGAUUCUGUCGUGCACAGCGGCAAUAGAUUUGCUAAGCGAUUGAAAAUAUUAGAAUCGUUAAUAUUUCAAAAAGGAGUAACCAAUGGAUUGCUGACAGCAAAAACUUACUUACAAGAAAAAACCGACAUACUUUCAAAUGUUGAUGGUAAAGCUGUUUCAAUUGAAACACUGUUGGACGCUCUGCUUGUUUUAUACGAUGAAUGCUGCAACUCAUCAUUGAGAAGAGAGAAAACGUUGGCUGAUUUUAUAAAGUUGGUAAAACCAGUGGCUACAUUGUUUAAACAACUACGUUUAUCUAGAGAUGAUUUUGAAACAAUUAAAAUUAUUGGGCGUGGCGCUUUUGGGGAAGUAUGUGUUGUUCGAAUGCUUGCAACGCACCAGAUAUUCGCAAUGAAAACAUUAAACAAAUGGGAAAUGCUUAAACGUGCGGAAACAGCGUGUUUCCGAGAAGAACGCGAUGUUUUAGUGUACGGUGAUAGACAAUGGAUAACAAAUUUGCAUUAUGCUUUCCAGGAUGAUAGCAAUUUGUAUCUUGUAAUGGAUUAUUACUGUGGUGGAGAUUUGUUAACACUUUUAAGCAAAUUUGAAGAUCGGUUGCCCGAGGAUAUGGCGAAAUUUUAUAUUGCUGAGACAAUUUUGGCGAUAGAUAGCAUACAUAAACUCCAAUAUGUACACCGUGACAUAAAACCAGAUAAUUUGGUGCUCGACAUGAAAGGACACAUACGGUUAGCUGAUUUCGGAUCUUGUUUACGAAUCGGGAUGGAUGGAAUGGUCCAAUCAAAUGUAGCCGUGGGUACCCCGGAUUACAUUUCCCCUGAAAUACUUCGAGCAAUGGAAGAUGGUCAGGGUAGAUACGGAGCUGAAUGUGAUUGGUGGUCGCUUGGUGUUUGCAUGUAUGAAAUGUUAUAUGGCGAGACACCAUUUUAUGCCGAGAGUCUUGUUGAAACAUAUGGAAAGAUAAUGAACCAUCAAAACUGUUUCGACUUUCCUGCUGACGAGACUCUUGAUUAUGUUGUAUCAGAAGAAGCAAAAGAUUUGAUGCGGAAGCUCAUUUGUGCACCUGAAAAUCGGUUAGGUCAAAAUGGUACAGACGAUUUUAAAAGUCAUCCUUGGUUUGCUGGAUUAGAUUGGGACAAUCUUAGAUAUAGUCAAGCCCCCUACAUACCUGAAGUGUCAAGUCCAACUGAUACAUCAAAUUUUGAUGUUGAUGACACAGAUAUGCAUCUCUCCGACACUGUGCCACCAGGUGCCAAUAUUGCAUUUUCUGGUCUUCACUUGCCAUUCAUCGGAUUUACUUUUACUCAAUGUAGCUCUUUAUCUGAUUUGGGAAAGGUUGAAAUUAAUUAUAGCCAUACAUUUGUCGACACGGACAAAUCUAUGAAUCCACAAAUAAUGGAUGAAAAAUGUAAUCUCAUUGAAGAAAUAAAUUGUUUAAAACGGAAAAACUAUGAGCUUGAAAACAAAUUGAAAAACUUAGAAAUUAUUGAAAAGGUAACACCCGAAGAUUGCAACAAUACCGCUUAUUUAGCACGGUUGAAAGAAUUGGAACAAGAAUUGAACGAAGUGAAACGGGAAAAAUGUCUCACAUCCAAAGAGUACGGUGAAGCACUGGAUAGAAUAAAAACUCAAGAAUCCGAAUUAAAUGAUGCCAUAUGCCAACGAAAAUUGGCAAUGAUGGAAUACGCAGAAGUUACCGAUAAAUUAUCCGAAUUACGUUCUCAAAAACAAAAAUUAUCACGACAGGUUCGUGAUAAAGAAGAAGAGUUGGAAUCUGUUAUGAAAAAAAUAGACAACUUGCGAAAUGAUCUUCGAAAGGCAGAUAAAAAUCGACGGGAACUUGAGCUACGAGUUGAAGAUGCUAUAACUGACAUGGCUAAAGAAAAAAAACAAAGAGAACGCUCUGAAGAAUAUUGUCGCCAGCUACAGUCAGAAUUACGAAGCAAAAGUAAUACAGAUAUGAACUCCACUUUCCCAGCGAAUGAACCGUUGCGAUACGAAAUUGAAAGAAUUGAGGUACAAUAUUCGGAAAAACUGAAUCAGCAACAAACCCGCUUUAACAUUGAGCUAUCUGAACUGCGAGAGCAGCUUAUGGAAUCCGAGAAGAAUCGGGACUUUUUAAUAAUAGAACUUCAAAAAACUCGUGAAAAAUGCGACUUAAGUAGAUUAGAAUCUCAAAACGACACUGUAGAUACAUUAAGUGAACAGAAAAAAAUGUAUGAGCAAGAGAAGAGUAUAUGGGUGGAAGAAAAAAGAAGAUUAAUAUCAGAAAUGGAAAAUCUCAAAGAAUCUAUAAGACAAUUACAAACAAAGCAAAUAGAAGACCAAAAUAAUUGUGAAGAAUUAAGAACAAAGCGACAAGCUAUAAUACAAUGGGAACGACAAAUGUCCGAAAUUAUACAAUGGGUAUCUGAUGAAAAGGAUGCACGAAGUUACUUACAAGCCUUAGCAACAAAAAUGACUGAGGAGGUUGAAUAUCUAAAACACUCAGGUUCAUUUCAGCAAACCUAUGAAACGAAAAAUUGGCGAAAUAGACGUUCUCAAAAACUCGAUAAGAUGGAGUUAUUAAAUUUACAAAGUUCACUUCAGGCUGAGAUCCAGGCAAAAACGCUUAUUUCGGAAGAACUUAGUAGGACACGAGCAGAAUUAAUUGCAACUCAGAAGGAUUUACGGGAAAGUCGUAACCGUUGUGAUUCUGCCUUAUAUGAGCUUCAUCAUAAGGAAAAUGAAAUCCGUGAUAUUCAAAAAACAUUAGAAACUUCAGAAGGAUUUCUGGAAAGACCUUCUUCGCAAACGUCUUGUAACUAUUUCUUUAAGGAAUCUACAGGAAAUAUUGAAAUUCCGGAUAUUGAUGCUGAUAGCAAUAUUUCGAGGGAUGUUAUGGGUAGUUCAUUUAAUAAUAAUUUGUCACUCGGAAAUUUAAAACAAACUCAAAAUUCCUCUGCAAAUUCAAGUAGUUCGUAUACUAUUCGUUAUCCGCAAAACUCUAAGCUGGAUUCAUUGUAUCCAUAUUAUAUGGUAGAAAAAAAACAUUUUUUAACAACAGACUACAAAAAUGAGCAAGAUAAUAGUGAUUUGGAUGACAUUCACGGCCAUCAUAGUAAGUCAAGUUCUAAAAGCAGCAUUAGUGUUAAACCUCUUGAUUUGCAUCCUACGAAUGUAGCAGCUACAAAAGUACACCAGUUUUUGGUUAGAACUUUCAGCAGCCCAACAAAAUGUAACCACUGUACUUCACUGAUGGUUGGCCUAACCAGACAAGGUGUUGUAUGUGAGUUUUGUGGUUUUGCCUGCCACACUGUUUGUUGUCAGAAAGUUCCUACAAUAUGCCCUGUGCCAAUCGAUCAAACGAAGCGGCCGUUGGGCAUUGACCCAACUCGAGGGAUAGGUACAGCUUAUGAGGGAUAUGUAAAAGUGCCAAAGAUGGGUGUUAUAAAAAGGGGUUGGGUGCGUCAAUUUGUAGUCGUAUGCGAUUUCAAGUUAUUCUUGUACGAUAUAUCAGCGGAAAGAAGUGCUUUGCCCAGCGUGAAUGUUUCACAAGUUCUAGAUAUGAGAGAUCCAGAAUUUGCUGUUGCCAGUGUUCGAGAGAGUGACGUCAUACAUGCUACAAAGAAAGAUGUGCCAUGUAUUUUUAGGAUUAAGACUUCGUUGAUUGAAGGAGGGUCCACGUGUAAUACCCUAAUGUUGGCAGACAAUGAAACAGAGAAGCGAAAAUGGGUAGUUGCCUUAGGUGAAUUACAUCGCAUACUAAAACGCAAUAAUCUCCCGAAUACAGCAAUAUUUAAAGUACAUGAAAUACUAGACAGUUCUCUGACAAUAGUGAGGAGUGCAUUAAGCUCCGUUAUAGUUUACCCUGAUCAGUUUUUAUUGGGAACAGAGGAUGGCUUAUAUUGUAUUAAUCUAGAAGAAUAUGAAAUAAAUCGCAUUGGUGAAAGUAAAAAGAUUAUUCAAAUGUGGUACGUAGAAGAAGAGCACAUUCUAGUCAUUUUGUGCGGUAAACAAAGGCAUAUACGCUUACUUCCCAUAAGAGCUUUGGAAGUAAGCGACGUGGAGUGGAUAAAAGUUUCAGACUCAAAAAAUUGUAUAGCGGCUUGUACCGGCAUCAUUCGUCGAUCUCCGGUCAAUGUUUAUGCGUUUGUCGUAGCAUUGAAGCGUCCAACCAAUCAAACACAAGUGGUGGUGUAUGAGAUAAAUCGAAACCAUUUAAGGCAUCAAAAAAUGUGUGAAUUCACCGUGGCGUAUCCAGUCCAGAGCCUUCAAAUUUUGUCAGACAUUAGGCUUGUUAUCGGUCAUCAAAGCGGCUUCACUGCCUAUUAUUUGCAGGGCGAAGCGACGACUACUUCAUUAAUACAUCCGGAAAAUCAAUUGUGUGCCUUUUUAAAUUAUUCGGGCGUGGAUGCCGUUCGUGUAAUAGAAAUACAGUGUCCCGGAGGAAUAUUCGGAGAAUAUUUAUUGGUGUUUCAAACUUUGGCUAUUUACGUGGAUCUUCAAGGAAGAAAAUCCAGGGAUAGAGAAAUUACAUAUCCAGCUAAUCCAACUCACAUAACUUAUUUGGAUGGACAUUUGCUAGUAUUUUCGGAAACGCAUGUGGACAUUUUUAACACCCAAACCGCAGAUUGGGUUCAGUCAAUUGGACUAAAACGAGCGCAACCGUUAGGACCACAAACAAAUUUCGUUUUGACUUAUAUUAACGAUGCGCCUAUUGUUGUAUAUUUAGCUAACAUACACACAAAAGAACUUAUUCACAUUGGUUCUGCGGAAAAAUCAGGAUCUAAAAAUCCUCGGCGAAGAUUUUCUGUUCGCGAAGUGAAUAAGUCAUUUAAAAGCACAAGCGACAGGAGAUCUAAAAUGAUAUCAGCUCCAACAAAUUUUAAUCACAUUUCACAUAUGGGACCAGGAGACGGAAUUCAAAACCAAAGGCUUUUGGAUCUUCCUACUACUAUAGAAACAGCUGAUCAGAUAAGCAAUCAAUCUUUUAUUAUACGCCAAUCUUCACUUACACCACACGCUACUGCACGCCAAAUGAUAAAUUCACAAAAUGGAAAUCCUCAAAAAGCUCUUACAAUUGAUCAACAGAGAACAAUUGAAUCAGAGCAACACCAAGCACAAGCUCGCUCUCCAAGUCCUGUUUCUAAUUUGAGCUCACCAAAGGAUUCACCGGACAUAAAGUCUUAUUUGCCGUUUUAAGGUCUUAUAAUGUAUUAUUUUUUGUAUUUAUUUAUUUUAUUUUUCAUUAUAAUAAGUUUUACUAUUUUUUUUAAAUAAAUAUGCUCAUACUUAUAUGUAUAUUUAAAACAUGAGGAA